AUGCAUGGACCUACUCCAAAAGCCAUUUCUCGCAAUGUGAGAAGCGUGAAGAGACCAAGAAGAGCACCUAGGCCCGUGGUCUCCACGCAGGCCAUGAACAAGUUGUCUAACGUAACACUCUCUGCUGAACAAGAUAAGUUGAGGGAACGUAUUUUGUCGUUCAUGCGUUCUAACUUAUCUCAGUAUAAGUCUGACUGGAAGCAUCCCGCCAUGUUUGUGAUCCAAGGGAACGCAGGUACGGGCAAGUCUGUGAUCCUAAACUCCUUGUUCAAUGAAAUUCAGAAACUAUCCCAGUUCUCACCUUCUUCUGAAGAUAUCUUACACGGGACACAUAAUUACCUGGUAGUCAACCAUCCCGAGAUGUUGAAGUUAUAUAUCCGGAUUAGCGACAGUUUCAAGUAUAUUUCUAAAUCAUCACUAGAACGGCCCACUUCGCUGAUCAACAAUCUACAGAAGAGGAAGGUUAUGGCCGAUGUAGUCAUUGUAGAUGAAGCACAUUUGUUGGCUACUUCUAAGGAUGCUUUCAAGAGAUUUUAUGGCGAAAACCACCUGAAAGACUUGAUGUCCCUCUGUAAAGUGCUUGUCCUAGUUUACGAUGAUAAGCAAGCCUUGAGAAUGGGGUCCUAUUGGGACGAAGAUUCUAAGAAUGGCGCCACUUUAAAGGACUUCUACAACGAGAUUCCACCAAAAUUCAGGGACUGGUACAUUUUAAAACAGCAGUUUAGGGUUGCUGCUCCACAGAACGUGUUGAAUUGGAUUGACCAAAUCAGUGUCGUAGGUAAGAUUCCGUCAAUUGAAUCAGUGCUACCCAGGAGUAAUGCUGAUGGGGUUGACGAUAAAAGCAAGGAUUUUGAUUUCAAAAUUUGGGAUGAUUGUGGCGCCAUGUAUGAGGCCAUCAAAGAAAAAGACCGUCAAUACGGCCAAUGUAGAAUGCUAUCUACUUACGAUUUUCCCUACCGCUUGGACGGGAAGGACUAUUACGUUGAAUGUGGUGACAACUUCAAAGUCCGUUGGGAUCGCUAUACGCCACGUGAAGUGACGCCUUGGAGUGAGCGUAGUGACACCAUUGAUGAGGUAGGUAGUGUGUACACUAUCCAGGGGUUCGAUCUAAAUUAUGCUGGUGUGAUUUUGGGCCGCUCCAUUGGGUAUGAUGCAGCUAAUGACUGCAUCAAACUCAAACCGGAAUUGUAUGACGAUAGGGCCGGUUUCACCAAAAAGAAAAACAUCCACAAUGCAGAUGGCGUUAAGCAAAAGAUUAUUAUGAACAGUAUCAAUGUUCUUUUAACUCGUGGUGUACGUGGUCUGUACGUUUACGCGUAUGAUCCUGAAUUAAGAGAGAGAUUGCUUCGUCCAUCAGAAAAAUAG